CAUCUUGUUUGAUCAAAUAUCACACUCCCACCACCUUCUCUUCUGUUGCUUUGUCAAUUGCACAUUCCACACUCCUUUUUUUACAUCUCUCUCUCUCUCUCUCAUGAAGAUUGGAAGGAGUCAUGCAUUAUUGUCGUCCCUAGCCUCAUCAGGUUAAUGCCAUCAAAAGCUACAGAGAUGGGCUCAGGUGAUUGCUUCAAGAACAUACUCGGCCUAAAGAGAUCGAAGUCAAAUGGGAGGAGAAGCAAGCAUUCCACCAAGGAAAGCGGCAUUCUCGCCAACGGCGGUUCAAGGAAAAAAGGCGAAUUCCGGCAGCUAACGCAAGAUUCUGCAGCUACAAGAAUCCAGACUGCAUUUCGAGCAUACAAGGCGAGGAAGGCGCUGCGCGGCCUAAAAGGCGUUGAUAGAUUCCGAGGGGUUGUAGAAGGCCACUUUUCAGUGAGAAACCAAGCCAUGUCUGCUCUGAAUCACAUCCAUUUCUGGAGCAGGAUCCAAGCGGAGAUCCGAGCUCGAUGGCUCAGCAUGGUGGUCGAUAGCCGGGCCCGUCAGAAAAAGCUCGAGAAUCAGCUCAAACUCGACGCUAAGCUUAAUGAACUAGAGGUGGAAUGGAGCAGCGGCCCAGAAACCAUGGACGAGAUUCUCAACAGAAUACAACAGAGAGAGGCAGCAGCAGCUAAACGCGAACGAACAAUGGCUUAUGCUUUCUCCCACCAGUGGAGGGCGAAUUCGAACCAGUAUUUCGGGCAGUCUUACUAUGAUCUCAGCAAAGAGAGCUGGGGCUGGAGCUGGAAGGAGAGGUGGGUGGCUGUCCGGCCAUGGGAGAAGCCGUGCCCUAUCAAGAAAGUAGAGACUAAAGUUGAAGCCACAACUAAACCUACAACACUUCCUGUUAAGCCAGCACUGUCUAAUGGGAAAGAAAGCCGCCCCAAGAGGCGCAUGAGUAGCAACUGCGAGUAGCUCAAUGGAGGAAGAGACGGGCGCUACAACCUUAUACCCUACUACUUCAUCACCUAAUAAUACGACAUCUUUUCAUGGUUUGACAAUACUGAUUCUAGAGGGAUUUUUGCACAACUUUUGAUCUUGAGUGUAAAAUUUCAAACUAUUGCAAUAUGUUGUUUGGAUUAUUUAGUUUGUUGCUAUGUUUGUGGCCUAUGGUAUCUAUUAAAGGACAUGUACAUAUGCUCUGUUACUGUAUCUAUUCUUCAGAAAAAUCACAAUCUCUACUUAUUUUUCUAAA